UGCAAAUCUAUACAAGGACUUGUAGCUUUUGGAAAAUUAAGCCUACAACAAAAAGCUCUUCUAGAUGGCCCUGAACCACUCUUUAACUUCAUGUCCUAGUUGCUCUUUAGCUAAAGUGCCUUCAAGAACUCGCACCUUCAUAUUACCCAGAAUUGGCAAUUUUUCCAAUCCUCUUAGAUGCAUGAUUUAUCCAAAACUUGCCAAGAACACUACUGCGAGACGAUCUGCAAAUUACCAAUCUCCCAUUUGGGAUUUUAAUUUUGUGCAGUCACUGAAGAGUGAAUAUGGGGAAGAGGUCUACAUAAACAGAAUCAAUAAGCAGAAGGAAGAAGUAAGGUUGAUGCUUAAGCAAACUGUGGAUCCUUUGAAUCAGCUCCAAUUAAUUGACACCUUGCAAAGACUUGGAUUAGCUUAUCACUAUGAAGAUGAAAUAAAAAGAGUCUUGAUGAGCUUUACCCAUAAUAUCCAUAAUAUAGGGAUGAGGGAGGAUUUAUAUGCUACAGCUCUUAAAUUUCGACUCCUUAGACAACACGGAUAUGAUGUACCUCAAGCUAUUUUUCUUGAUAUAUUCCGAGAUGAGGCAGGAAACUUCAAAAAGUGUCUAUGUGAGGAUUGGGAGGGAAUGUUAUCUUUGUACGAGGCAUCAUUCCUUUUAGAGGAAGGUGAAACUAUCUUGCAAAAUGCAAGAGAUUUUACAACCACUCGUCUAAAUAAGUUUGUUGAACAGACCAAAGACCAAAACAUAUCCAAGUUAAUAAAUCAUGCUUUGGAGCUCCCACUGCAUUGGAGGAUGCCAAGGUUGGAGACCAGAUGGUUCAUAGAUGUAUAUGAAAGAAAACAAGGCAUGAAUCCUCUUCUACUAGAACUUGCUAAAUUGGAUUUUAAUAACGUGCAGAUAACACACCAGAACGAUCUAAAACACAUGUCAUGGUGGUGGAGGAAUAUAGGCUUAGAGGAAAAGCUAAGCUUUGCCAGAAGUAGGCUAAUUGAGAGCUUCUUUUGGACAAUUGGGUUGAUAUCCGAGCCACAAUUCAGCUAUUGUAGGAGAAUAUUGACAAAGGCCAUUGCACUGGUAACAAUAAUUGAUGAUGUGUAUGAUGUGUAUGGAACCUUGGAUGAGCUUGAGCUAUUCACUGAUGCUGUUGAAAGAUGGGAUGUCAAUGCAAUGGAGCAGCUUCCAGACUACAUGAAGAUCUGUUAUCUUUCGUUCCAUAACUCCAUAAAUGAAAUAGCAUUUGAUGUCCUUAAGGAACAAGGAAUUUACAUUAUUCCCUACUUGAAGAAAGCUUGGGCAGAUCUAUGCAAAUCAUUCUUAUUGGAGGCUAGAUGGUUUUACAAUGGACAUAUACCAAGUUUACAAGAAUACAUUGACAAUGCAUGGAUCUCUAUCUCAGGUCACGUAAUACUAAUUCAUGCUUAUUUUCUUGUAAACUCUCCAAUCACAAAUGAUGCCUUAAAAUGCUUGAAAGAGUACUCCAAUAUAAUUCGAUAUUCAUCCACGAUUUUUAGACUUGCAAAUGAUCUUGGAACAUCAUCUGAUGAACUAAAGAGAGGUGAUGUUCCAAAAUCAAUUCAAUGCUACAUGCAUGAAACUGGAGUUUCAGAAGCAGAAGCGAGUUAUCACAUUCGAUUUCUAAUUAGCGAGAUAUGGAAGAAAAUGAAUAAUGAAAAGACUACAAAUUCUCCAUUCUCAGAAACUUUUAUUAAGAUAGCAUUCAAUUUAUUUAGAAUGGCACAAUGCACGUACCAUCAAGGAGACGGAUUUGGGAUUGUAAACUGUGAGACUAAAGACCAAGUUCUAUCAUUACUUAUUGAACCAAUUCCUUGUAGGAUAUCAGCUAUGUAGCAGACUCACUACCUAGACAAGGUUGUCUUUAGACUUGAACUACAUUGUAGGUUUCUCUUUUUAUAAAGGUGGUGGUUAUUAUUUAGUUCACCCUGUUACCAUUUUG